GUUUUCGGAUUGCGUGCGAUACAAGGAAACAAACCUUCGUGCUCCCGUUAAUCAAACCAAUUCCCCAGGAGAUGUAGGACCCAGUUGCAUAAUCCCCAAUUACCCCGACAGCCGGUUUCGGUCCUACGUUAAUUGCUGUGGAGACAACGCAGCUUCCUGCUAAUUAAAUCUGGCAUUAAUGAAACGCUUUAUCGGAGUUAUAAAACCCGAUAUCGCCUCGGGAGGUGUCAGUCGCGUGCAGGUUCAGGAGAGACGUUAAAAAAAACAAUGCUGAUAAGAUUAGGUGCCGCGUGCGGCUGUGUCCUUUUAGUUCUUCCUCUAGUUCUUAGCAUAAGUGAAGAACUUCAAGAGCUGGUGGACAUGCUUCACAAUACAUGCGUAGGAGAGACGGGGACAUCAGAAGAGGCUAUAGAGAACGCCAAGAAGGGAGAUUUUGCUGACGAUGAAAAAUUUAAAUGCUACUUGAUGUGUAUUAUGGUCCAAAUGGCUUGUAUAGACGAAGACGGAAUAGUAGAUGUGGAGGCGACCAUAGCGGUCAUUCCAGAGGAAUUCCAGGACCUCGCAGCUCCGAUUAUUAGAAAAUGCGAUACGCAAAAGGGAUCCACCCCUUGUGAAAGUGCUUGGCUGACGCACAAGUGCUACUACAACGAAAAUCCAGAUGGCGAAACCAUGAAAAUCUGUGUUUUAUUUGUUUUGUGUGUGGGAUUCCCAGCUUCAAUGUGUAGUUUAGAGGAAUGGAGGGCAAUGGGGGCUCCGAUUCACAAAACCUGCGUGGCAGAAUCAGGAGUAGACGAAGUUCUUAUCGAAAAGGCGAACUCGGAAAAGGUGCUGGAAGACGACGAGAAACUGAAGUGCUACAUAUUGUGUCUCAUGAAGCAAAGUGGUUGGAUGGUCGAUGACAAGACGAUUGACGUGGAAACUGUCGUAAUGGUUCUACCGGAUGAAAUGAAAGAAAAAGCAACCCCAGUAGUAAGAGCAUGCGGAACAAAAGUUGGUGCCAACCCCUGUGAAACUGCCUGGUUAACUCACAAGUGCUACGCAGAAAAUGGACCCAAUGCAUAUGUCCUUAUCUAAUUCAUUUCAAGAAGGUACUCGAAAAUUGCUGUAACUGAGUAAGGAGGUUGAAUAAACUUUUAAUAUAC